UUUACAUAAAGCGAAUAGUGAUAAUGGUUUGGAUAGGAAAUGAAUUGGAGGUUUUAGCCCCAUAAAAAAUUUUGAGGGAAUGAGGCGAGUGAUAGAUUUACCCCUCCUAUGGCCCACAAAUGCCAGUCUGCUCAUCAACUGCAGUCUUGAUAACCGCCCUCUUUUUAUUGGUAUUGGAAGGAAACACAUCUUUUCCCAAAGGUAUAAUUGCACAGCAACUGAGAAGCAGCCGAGAGAUGGGCCAGAUGAAUGGCCCCUUACAUUUAAAAAAUAGCUAA